CAACGGUAUCACAAGCGAGCCAAAAGGAUUGCUGUUUGGUUGAAUGAAAAACUUUCAAUCGCAAAGAUUAUGGACCUUACAUAGGCAUAAGAUUCAGUCGUCAUGGACCGAUUGUCACUGUCAAGACGUCCAAAAAUAGCUGAGAAGGAAAAAUGCCUACCGGCAGGGGACGGUUUGCCAUCUUGGGCAACUCUACCACUGGAUGCCAAAUUUCCAAUGGUCCCAAAUCCAAAAGGGUCGAUGGUGUUUUGUUCCACCAAUCUCUGUAAAACGAAACACAAAUCCUCGCGUCACUAUGAUUUUGACCUCAGUGACCCCUAUUGUCACGUGCUUUCAAACGAUUACCACCCUCUUCAUGACCGCCACCUCCGGAACCACUUCAACCAGCCCCAGAUGCGGCGUCACCUGCUGAAGAAUGACUUCCUGACAGACGAUAACAAGGUUGUGUGCACCCUGAAGGAGUUCAACAGGUACCGCCAGUACCUCAGGAGGGUCUGCUUCAUGGAACUGGCAAGGGAGCAGAGAAUCGAGAAAGAGAAAUUACUAAACGCUCAGAGGGAAACUACUAACAGCACCAAGGAGAAACCGACCGACGUCCGCAUACGGCAAGUCCAGGAGAAUCUAGAGAGACAAAGAACAAUGACGAGAAAGCGGAUUGAGCGGCUGCUUCAAGGCAAGGCGAAUCGUCUACGGCGCCGUCUGGGGGACAUACAUGAGGAGAACGCAAAACGCGAUCUCUUACGUCAACAGGAUGAGAGCAAGCGCCAAGCAGCCCUCGCACAGCAUCACAUAGGGGCGGAACAACGAAAUCGAAGACUAACGCAGCGCUGGAAGCAACGUGAACGACAGCACUUCGAACGUUUGGAGGGGAAGAAGAAACAACGAGCGUUUGACCAGAAUAAGAAGAGCUUCGAGAUGUGGCAAACCCGCAAGCAGAUACAAAGGGAACGCAUAGAAAAGGAAGCAGAGAUCCUUCGACGUGAAAAUGAACGUCGGGACCGAAAUAUUUCUGUGAGAGACCGCUUGCUUGCAGAACAACGAAAUCGUAUUACAGCACAGCUAAAUGCCAUGAAAGAGACAAUGCGGAGGCAGAAGGCAGAACGAGAGAAGCGGUAUGCCCGCCGUCUCGAAAAGAAAAUGGCUUUGGCUGAGCUUCGAGCGUGGGCGCGACAUCAGGGUAAGAGGAGGAGAGCACGUGGAGCCAGAUUCAGGAGUAUGUGGAGCAUGGGAGAAACCAUGGAAAAACUCAUUUACAGCCUUGAAGAUAUGGACGUUUUUCAAAAUCGAACAUCCGCCUCUAGUUUCCUGCAGAUGCUCAACGACGCAGUGGACGAUUUACAUGAAUCACCGGAAGAGGAAAGGGAAGAUGACGAUUAUCUCAUCAGGGAACAGGCGAGACAAAUAGUCGAUUCGGUCAUCACAAAUGUCUGCACGGAACUUUAUCCAGAGUACCUACACUCACUAGACCAGGAAUCUGAAGAUGGUCUGGGAUCGACGGAAAAGUCUGUCAAAUUUGGGUGUGAACGAAUCAUCACUACUCAUCCCCGUGGGUCCGUCGACGUCAGUGCGCUCCGUCCUGUUGAGGAACACGUUCUGACGCCCGUUGCCUCCAUGAACAUGAUGUCACCCUCACUCGGGGGCGACGAAACCGCGGACCAAGUGAUAGUAGAGAAAAUCUUAAAUCGUCUUCUUACUGAUCUUAAUGACAAAAAGCUUUCACAAGAUGACCUGGUUAAGUUAACAUCGUAUUCGCUGCAGAUACUCAGUUCGAGACAGUCAUUUUCGCCAGAAGAUGACGAUCUGUCUGAGCUAGAGACUGGGGAGGUGUAUGAGACUGCCGUUGCCGACGAUUUGGUGCAUUUUACCAUCAGCAAAAUUGUAGAUGAGGUGAAGUCGGGCCAGGUUAGCCGUGAGGAGCUGACGGGACUGGCACUGUCAGCCUGGGACAUGGAUAGCCAGUCUUCCACGGAGGACGGGGUCGUGGACACCCUUAUAGAAGACACUAUACAGCACAUCAUUUCCGACAAGAGUUUCGAUAGGACGUCCUCAGUCCACGACUUCAUGCUGGACGAGUUCAUCGUGAAGACGCUGAACGAGGUGAGCAACGACCUCAAGUCCGGCAAUUUACCAAUGGGCGUGAUAUCGCAGAUUCUUCAACAAAUGUCGGAAGUGGUGGGGGAUAUACCUCUCGAAGAUGUUGACAACAAAUCCGACAUGUUCAGGUGUCUGUUAGCACGUGUGACUGAUGACGUAGUAUCUGAAUGCAGCGACACGCUCUAUAAGGUCGUCAACAUCAUCAUCACGUCUUAUCACACUUACAGAGAAGCAUCAACACAAGGACUCUCUGAAUUGGUGGCCGAUAUCUGCGGGCGUAUCUCCACGUAUCUUAGCUCUGGAGAGGCCCAUGAUUCAGAUGUGAAAUUUGAAGCUCUGUGUGGCAUUGCAAUCAAAAUAUGUCCAACAACAAUGUCUUCCCAACAAGUGUGCGAGUUGACAUCAAGUAUCGCAAAUAUUCUCCAUAUCCAGACCAACGCACAGAACGUGGAUGUAGACCACAUCAUAGAUUUGUCAAAAAGGCGUCUCAGCGGAGCCGGUGUGGAUACUCUGAUACGAAUAGCUCGCGUCGUGUUAGAAUCGUGUCAAAAUAUUGUCAAUAAUCUUCAAAUGGAAGAAAACAAAAUUGAAGGGGAACAAAAACAAAUUUUCCUGGAGGACGUGUCUCAAUUCGUAGUCGACAUUCUUAAGAUGGUAUCGAGGAGUGUUGAUCGAGGCAACUUCUCUGAGUCUGACAUACAAGAGAUGUCAGAGCUUCUCCAGCAUGUUAGUCGUGGUAAUUCAUUAGCCCCUACGCCAGUACCGGACAAGAAGGUGCUUCUCAUAAACACUCUAGCUUCGAUACUUGGUGACGUUGAAAACGGUCGAUUAACUGAGGCGGAAAUGCAUGAACUUGGGAAUCACCUAAGAUCCUGCGGAGAACGACUCUUAGGUCCGUCACUUAGCGCAUCAGUAGAACCUAUGACACGUGCUGCAUCGUUCACAAGCACAGCUGUGGCGGACAAUGUUGUCUCGCAUGUAUUGUCUUCCAUUCAAACUGACAUUGAUAAGGAUCUGAUGAAUACCGAAUCGCUAAAAGAGCUUGCAGUGUGCAUACUGAAAACAAGGAUGUCCAAGGACAAACUGGACACAGACAGCGACGAGUGCUUGGUAAACGCAGUUAACUCUAGUCACACGCAUCCUUCCCCCUGCGAGUCCAGAUUGGCAGAAGAUGUCGUCUUUGCAACAAUUGACAACAUCUUUAAAGACCUGAAUGAAGGCAAGCUAUAUCCAGACAAAAUAACGUCAUUAGCAUCAUCAAUGGCUAUUGGUUUUAGUAAAGAUUCAGAAAGAUUGGAUCAUGCAAUGGACAAAAUAUUGGAUUGUCUUCGUGAAGAUACCAUCGACAGAGAGGAAGCGAAGCGAAUGUUUGUCAUGAUAAUUGAUCAGUACAAGUCCAACUGGAGUACAAUGCCACAGAGCGACGAUGUCUCGGCCCUUUCGUCGUCAUCUAAACUGGCAGAAUCUUUAAUUCGUGCAACACUGAACAAAAUAAAUCGUGACGUUCAAAGUGGCGCAUAUACUGAAGCAGAACUGCUGUCAUUGAUGGGGAGUACGUGUGAAGCGGAAGGGCCUGCAGCUGCAGACGAUGUAGUCAAUUUGAUUUCUGCUACUAUUCAAGAAAUUCUACAAUGUAUAGAAUCGAAUACAAUAUCGAUCGAGGACCUGUCAAACUUUCUGUCCCUUUUCAAAUCACAGAAACAAAAAGAGCCCGAAGACAUUACAAUGGAAAUAGCACACAAAAAGUGCACGGAGGCCGCAAGAGAUAUAUCUCGACACGGUGGAAGAAGCGUUUUCAUAAAAGAUGUCAUCAAAUGUAUUGCCAACAGCAGAAAGGAUUCAAAAACGGGACCAGUGGCUGUCUUGCAAAGCCUUUUGCAGAUCGUCGAUUCUAACAUUUUGACAAAUUUCAUUCGCGUCACUCUGCAAAGAGUUUUGGUAGACAUCGGAAGUACAACUCGGAACGAGCAGCCACAACACCAGACCUCGUUUUGUGUUAGAUCGGACGUCCACGUGCAGUCUGUGACGUCCCUCAUAGCUCAAAAUGUCGUAAGAAACUUGAUGGCAAGGAUAGAUCACACACUUGUUGCUCAAGGAAAGCUGUCGUCAGAUGAAGAGCUUCUUUCGGUCAGGUUAGACUCGCAAGACUUCAACUAUAUACAAAGCCUGUACGAAACUGAACCAGACAUGUGCAUGUCCUACUCCUCGAAUGAGAUCGGAGGUCUGAUACUGGAUACACUUAAUAAUAUUGUUUCCAAUCUUCGUCUGGAAAGGUCAAUGUCACAGCCUGCCGAACAGGACGCCAAACACGUAUCGUCGGACGUUUUGCAUGACUUUGUUUUGGAAAAACUCCAGGGCAUUGUUGAAAACAUGCAAGAUCAUAUGGCAUUAGGAAAUGAAUGGCAGCCAGGUGAAUUAGUUGACAUCGAAACACUGGAUUCCCGGUCUAAAGUUGUGUCUUUUCUGGAUAUGAAUGACAAGCAAGCCACCAGUUUUGUGACUCUGGUUCUGCAAGACGUCGUACACGAUAUGUCUACAGAGGUUUCAACUGCGGAACACCAACAAACUAGCAAUGCCGAUGAACAAACCUCAACUCUGACUCUGGAGGUCGAAAAUAUUGUUGUCUCUACACUUCAAGACAUUGUUGACGACUUCACUGAUGCCGAACGCGAGUGUUCACAAAAAAUACGACAAGAGAUCGCAAAACGAAAAGCCUUAGAUGCUUUAGUACAGAUAAAACGAGAUGUGAUGGAAGGUAAGGACGCUUUUGUAAAAGAUACCGUAUUACGCAUCAUGAAAUCUUCGGUGGAACCGGGACAAAAUGAAAUGGAAAACGAGUUCAUUGAAAAUACAAUGAAUUCAGUUAUCAGCAACAUAGAAGUAGACAACAUUAAGGCAUCAGAUUUAUAUCAAGAAAACUCCUCAACAGAACUAGCGACUGGCGUAAUUAAAGACGGCGUUGCGUCUGCAGUGGGUGUAGCUUCUCCUAAGUCUUCAGAAGUAAUAGACGGCCGUCUUGACCGACCUUCUGUAAGUCUUCAAAAGAUGGUUGAUAUGACAAAUAAGAUGCUGAAGUUUCACGAGGAGGAAAAACAUAGAUGUCAUGACAAUACAAUUCUUGGCGUGUCCUCAUGCGGUAUACCAAAACUUGACAGAAGCUCUACACUCUUAGAUAUUGCAAGCGCCCUCAGUCAUUCUAUUGACGUGACAAUCGACAGUGUUAAAGAAGGCAAGAUGUGCGAUGACGAGAUUGUAACUCUGGCCACGGCCCUGUCCCAGAGCAUGUUAGAUGGUGGGGCCGAACACGUUCUCUCCACUGCCUCCGUUGACGACUCUAUUGAAGAUUUCAUCAUUGUGAUGCUAGAAGAAAAGAAACGUGAAAUUGAGCAGAAUGGAUUGGACUCAAAGAGUAUCAUAAAUAUUACAGAUCGCAUACUUGGAAUCCAACUAAGGGAUAAAGAUGGGGCACAGAGAAGUACUAGUGUUUCGUCCGUUUCAUCUGAAAAGAUAGCUGGUUUUGUUCAUAGUAUUUUGCAAAAUAUUGCCAGCAGCCUUACCCAACUGAACACCAUGAAUGAUAAUCCUGCAGGAAUUGUUGUCGACGAACUUGAACAAAGUGAAUCUGCCGAAACACAGCUUUCCGGGACCGGAAGUAUAAGCAAACAAAAUAUAAAUCCAAAUGCAGUACUUCCGAGGAUCAACAAGCGGGCAAGCAGUUCCCACAUUAUUCCCACACAGAUGGAUUGUUUUACGGAAGUUGGAAAUACAUCAUCACCAGUGCCAGGCAAAAAUGUGCAGCUUGCAAAGAUUUUCCAAGAACAACGCUGUCAGAAAGAUCGACGCACUUCAUGCAAAAACAACUCCAAAACGAAAAGUAUCAAACAAAAUAGCAAACAACUACAUCAAACGACUACAUCAAUGAAAAACAAUGGGUGUCAGUCAUCAGCUACUGCCAGGAAACAAAUUCCUCAAGCCUCAACACCUCCCAAAAAUAAGCGACCUUCGAUUCCAUCGUGUCGUGUUUCACAAACAACAACACCCAGCAAAUGUGGACGACAGCCAUCUAAGACGAAGGUUUCUCCCGUAAAGUCAACCCAACCUUCACAGAUUAAUGCGUCCAAGCAAACGCUUCCUGUCUUCGACAAACAAUUCCAACAUAAUUCACCGUCAGCUGUUAAAGUGAAAAUAUCACGUGCAGACGGGAAGUCGGAUCAUAAUGUGACAAAAGGUCAUGUUCAAGAACGCGUGAAACCUUCAAGAGGAGUACCAACCAUUCAAUCACAAGUUAAGGAGCAUAAAAGAGGGGCGAACAUCAGGCCAAAUCAAAAGAAAAAGGAGUCUAUGACCCCAGACGAAAAACUCGGCCGGGGCACGGGUCUCGGAGAAGAGAAAACCCCCAAAUUGUUAACAUUUGAAGAGUUAUUUGAUUAUAAGCCGGCAGCCCUGAAUCUAGUUCCUUGUACUCCUCCCGUCGAUAAGAGGGCAAUUCCCAUGGAAGUACAGUCAAUAUGUGGUUCACAUAGAACGAAGGUCAGAGUCAUCAAGGACAACAGCGAUAUGUAAAUAGUUAGUAAGUUAAUUUGAACGAUGCACCUCUUUAAUCUUUCUCCUUUGUGAUAUUUCAAUAUGUGAUUUGGUAAAGUUUAAUAUUAACAAUUACUAAGGCGCGAUUAUACCAUGACAGCUCAUAGCCCUAUAACCAAUAUACAACUGCUAUUAAUAACCAAACGAAGACAAUUAUCUCUGCAUAAUUUGCCUCGGAGUCCGACACUCCCCUGGUAACUUAGUCCCUAGGUAAAUACAUGGAAAUCUCCAUGCAUAACGAUAUAUAAAAAUGCUGGGCAUGAAAAGACAAUUUGUAUGCAGUCCUGCCAAGAGUUAUAGGACUAAAACCGAAUGUAAAUUAUAGUCGCCUGAAUUAAUAAAUUGGUGUUCUACCCGUAGAAAAUUACUCUCUCAAUAAUUUUGAGUAGUACAACCAUUCUUCUGGUUUAUCUGUUUCUAAAUAAAUAACAAGAUGAACUGUCUAAAAUUAUUGUAAUGUGGAUGGACAAUAAGCUGAAUUCUUGUAAAGUUGAAGGAAAAUAAGAUGAAUUCUUGCGAUGUUGAUCGAAAAUAAGAUGAAUUCUUGCAAUGUUGAUGGACAAUACGAUGAACUCUUGCAAUGAAGAUGGAAAAUAAGAAAAAAUGUUGCAAUGUUGAUGGACAAUAACACGUUACUCUCGGAAACAUAACGUCAUAUUUGGCUGCCUCAUACAAACUGUUAAGCUGAUUGGCGAGUCGAUUAAAAUUAAUAUCACCAAUAGAAGAAACAUGCUUAUUAGCUGACGCUGCCUCUCUAAGUGUAUUAUCGUAGGAAUAAAAAAAGUAUUGUUUAAACGAUUGUUGUUUGAAAGCAUAUCAUAAAUAUCUGACAUUUUAAAGAGGGUUUACCAACAGUUUUAUUUCGUCUGACGGCAGUAAAAUGAUAGAUCUUGUAGUUAUACCAGAUUUGUCCCUUGCUUGGUGAAUGGCCGUAAUACUAUAAUAGCCAAAGUAAAACCGUCAAAAUAAAUUGCCCUCAGUUUAAAGUUUGGCGACACUCUGAAACUUCAGUUGUAAUAAAAGAUGUUUUUCCUUGAAACUGAAAUAACUUGAUGUUUUAAACAUACCAAGGAACAUGUUUUUACUUUAUGAGGUUUCUUAACACUUGUAAUAUUUUUUUCUUUUUUUUUCAGAUUCAAAUCGUCAACACAAUAUAACCCUUGAAUUUAUUAUUAAUAAAGAAAUAAAGAAGUCAU